AUGGAGGAAACUCAGCCACUCAAACUCUACUUCAUUCAUUUCCUAGCAGCUGGUCACAUGAUCCCUCUAUGUGACAUAGCCACCCUCUUUGCCUCUCGCCGCCACCACGUCACCCUCAUCACCACCCCCUCCAACGCCCUAACUCUCCGCAAAUCCAUCCCCUCCCAUCCCUUCCUCCGCCUCCACACCGUUUACUUUCCCUCCCAAGAGGUUGGCCUUCCCGACGGCGUCGAAAACAUCUCCUUUGUCACCAACACCGACAACCUCGCCAAGGUCUUGGACGCAACCGCCAUGCUCCAAUCCCCCAUCGAGAACUUCGUGGAGGAGAACCCACCUGAUUGCAUCGUCGCCGACUUUCUCUUCCCCUGGGUCCAUGACUUGGCCAACAAGCUUAACAUCCCUAGACUUGGCUUCAACGGCUUCUCCCUCUUUGCCAUCUGCGCCAUACACUCUUCCAAGUCUUCCGAUUCUCUUCUUAUUCCGACCCUCCCUCACCCCAUUACCCUCAAGGCAACACCGCCUAAGGAGUUGACUGAAUUCCUUGAUAAAAUGAUGGAGACGAUGCUCAAAAGCUACGGCUUAAUAGUGAACAACUUCGCGGAACUUGACGGAGAAGAGUACAUUCGCUACUACGAGAAAACAACGGGGCGCAAGGCUUGGCAUCUUGGACCAGCCUCUCUUAUAUCGAGAACCCCUCAAGAGAAAGCAGAGAGGGGCAUGGAGAGCGUGGUGAGUAUGCAGGAGUGUGUGAGUUGGCUUGACUCAAAGCCAGAAAAGUCGGUGGUGUACAUAUGCUUUGGGAGCCUUUGUCAUUUCCCGGAUAAACAGCUUUACGAGAUUGCAUGCGGGAUGGAAGCAUCGGGUCAUGGAUUCAUAUGGGUAGUUCCGGAGAAGAAAGGGAAGGAGAACGAGAGCGAGGAAGAGAAGGAGAAGUGGUUACCGAAGGGGUUUGAAGAGAGGAACGUGGAGAAGGGGAUGGUUAUCAGGGGGUGGGCUCCACAGUUGCUUAUCCUGAACCACCGUGCCGUUGGGGCAUUCGUGACUCACUGCGGGUGGAACUCCACCGUGGAGGCUGUAAGUGCUGGGGUUCCAAUGAUUACAUGGCCAGUGCAUGGAGAACAGUUCUAUAACGAAAAGCUGAUAAGUGAUGUGCGGGGGAUUGGGGUGGAGGUGGGCGCAGCAGAGUGGACCAGCAUAGGGUUUGGUGAGAGACAGACGGUGGUGUGCAGAGAGAGCAUUGAGAAAUGUGUGAGGCGCAUGAUCGACGGUGGUGAUGAAGCACAGGAAAUCAGACGGCGUGCACAAGAGUUUGGUGAAAAGGCCAGAGAAGCUGUUGGAGAAGGGGGUUCGUCUCACAAAAAUUUAACGGCCCUGAUUGAUGAUCUUAUACAGGUGAGGGAGGCCAAGCUUCUACAUUAG